AUGGGAGAUGGGAGCAUGAUCUUGUUUGGAGGAUACGGUUACAACGUCGGACGUUUAGAUGACGUGUGGCGACUGUCCGUGAGCGGAGGUUCUCCUUCGUGGACCAUGCGCUGUAGCCAAGCGGCCGGAGUUCUGGAACGGCACUGGUUGCGAAGCCUGCGCUUGGAGGUGACCAUGGAUGGUUUCGGUCGCAUCUCCUUGUCCCUAACCAUGUCCCCCUUGCCUGAGAACAUCUAUGAGGCAUGUCGAGUGGGAGCGGAGCAGCAACCUUCCGUCCUUGAUGGCCCUUGCAAGCUAUAUGAGACCAUGAACGAGAGCACACUCAUGCCAUCUGGUGUCUUGGGCACCUUCAUGGUGGCCUUGUCUUCGGGGGGGGGGGGGGGGGAAGGGGAAGUGGUUGUUGCGCAGUUGUCGGCAACUUCAGCAAGCUGA